AUGAGCAAGUAUACUUGGGAACAGGAAUUUGAAAUCAUAAAAAUAACUAUUCCUUGUCGAAAUCCAAUCCUCAGUAAAAAAGGCUAUUUUGAUCUCUUUCUAUCACGAAAUUACGUCAAGUUUCAUCUUAAAUCUCCAAAAAUGUUCAUGGAGUGGGAUCUUGCUGAAGACAUCGAUUAUAAAAGUCCGCUUAAUCGCGCAAUCGCCAAAGAAACUUGCUUACUCCCCCCUCCAUGAGUGAACAAAAAAAUUUUGUUCAUUCACGGAGAGUGGUUAAUUUUUUUUUUUAAAAAAAUUUAUAUAAAAAUUUUAUAGAAAUUUUUUUUUCUUCGAAAUUUAAAAAAAAAUCCUAAUUCACAAAAAAUUGGGAAGCAAAUAUUAAUUUAUUUUUAUAAAAUUUAUGUUUUAAAAAGCAAUUUGUUUAAAAUUAAAUAGAAUUAGUUCGAGAUUUCAUUAUACUAAUUAUCACUUAUAUAUCAAAAUUUUUCUAUUACAAAAAUUUUUGUUCACUCACAGAGAGGGUGGGCUUUUGGGCAAAAAAUAGAGAUUUUUCUAAUGGUUUUGUUCACUCACUGAGGGGGGGAGUUGGAGCUUAUUCUUGCCAAAUUUAUUAUUGGAAAAUCCUGGGAGUCACUCAUAUGUUCUGAUAAAGAUCUUUCAAAGCAACGUAGAGCCCUUUCUAUUUCCGAAUUUGAACAAAAUUCCAAAGAAACCCAGGAAGCCUUGGAAAAGCACAAAAUCGAAAUGGAUCGUUUUUCAGUCACAGAACAAAUGAAACUGGAUGAUGAACGUAGAAGAGUUAUUGAGCAGAAAAAAGAAGAAGAAAAGAUUAAAGCGGAGCAAGACAUUUUUAGCCCUUCCACAAUUCCAAGCUUAAAUAAUGAAAUAUUUAAAGAAAGAACUGAUUUGCCUGAAGUAAGAGGAACAUUUAAACAGAAAAUUGAAUUCACACCAAGAAAAAACCCAAAUGUACCUGCAAGAGAAAGCAAUGAAAAUGAGCCACCUUUGCCUCACAAUAUUAAACCUUUAGAAGGCCCAGUACACGAAUCACAUCCAUUAUGGCUAAAAGAUAAAGGAAAUGAGCUAUUUUCCAAAGGUGAUUUUGAGUCCGCAAUAAGUGCUUAUUCAAAUGCUAUAAAGGCUGAUCAGAAUAAUUUAGCAUGCUUAAUGAAUAGAGCUGCUAGUUAUAUGAAGAUUUACGAAUUCCAAAAAGCAUUGGACGAUCUAUAUAAAAGCUUUAGCUUAUGCACUGAAGAUCUAUUAAAAGGAAUUUGCAAAGUCAGAAUAGGCGCCAUUUUGGCAUGAAAAGGAUUGAUUUCUGAGGCAAUAGAUGAAUAUAAUUCUGCUAAAUCAUUUAUUCCUGAUGACGAAAGUAUCCAAAAAGAUAUUGAAAUGCUUGAAAAAAGACGAGAAUCUAAUUUAAUAAAAAAUAAAGGUGACUUGCUAUAUAAAGAAGACAAAAUCGAUGAAGCUAAAAUAGAAUAUACAAAAAGUUUGGAAAUUGACCCAGAGAAUGAAUUGUCAAUCGCAAAUUUAGCACAAAUAUUUUUAAAGAAAGAAGAUAAAAAUAAUUGUGUGGAAAUGUGUGAUAAAGCUCUGGAGUUGAUCAGUCAUAAUUUGAGACUUAAAUGCAAGGUUUUAUUGAGAAAAGCUGAAGCUAUUGAAAAUAAAGAUGAGUCUUUAGCUUUAGCUAACCAAGUAUUGCAAAUAGAGCCACAAAAUCAGCAUGCAAAAAUUCUUGCCUCGAAAUAUACAUCAGAAAAUAAUAGGGUUUUGUAUGAAAAUCUUAAGCAGUCUGCAAGCGAUGCGUUUAAAAAUGGCAAUGCAGAAGAAGCUUUAAAACUAUAUAAGGAAGCUUUAGGUCUUUGUAAAAAAAAUAAAGAAGAGAAAGCUUCAAUUUAUACAAAUAUUUCUGCUUGCUACUUAUUAUUAAAAAACCCCUCACUUCACCUGAAAGCUAAACAAUAUUUUUUUGUGUCCAAAAAUAAUUUCUAUAUAAAUAGGUUUGAUACCAAAUUUAAUAACGCAAAAAUAAAAAAAUUUACUAAUGCUUGUUCUAUUUUAAAUAGAGCGCGGAAUAGGAUACUAUUUAAACAAAAUUAGAAGUAUGGAACAAUAAAGUUUACAAAAGAACUUUUUAUAUAAUUUCUUAAAUUUUUUUCUGAAGAAGAAUUAAACUCACCUUUAAAUUGGGAUAGUUUUUAUUUAAAUUUUAAAGGGAGAGUCAGGAUGUAAUAAUUACUGUGGAUAAAGCAUUUAAAUUGGAGCCAAAACCCUCUUUGCAGUUAAGAUUGCACUGGAGAAGAGCUAAAGCUUAUGCUGAAAUGGGACAGCUUUAUUCAGCUACUGCAGAUUUGAAUCAAGCAUUAAAAUUGGAUCCUGAUAAUCAAGCAAUCAAGCAAGAUUUAGAAUUAAUUAGAAAGAGUCAGAAUUAG